UUUGCCGUUGGUUUUUGUUCGCGUCGGACUCGUGACUGAAAUCAAUAAGCAUAGAAAAAAAUUGUACGUAUUCGUCCGAGUCAACGAUCUCUCAAAGACCUCUUGACCAUUCUCAAAUUAAACCUGAAAGUUUGAAUAUUACCGUGGAAAAAUGAAGAAUAAGUUUAAAAAUGAAGUUGAAAAUUGUUUAAUUAUUUUGUUUAUUAGUUAAUUUUGUGAGUUAUAACAAAAACUUGUGUAAAUUUAAGUUUCGUUUGAGAUAAACUUGGAAUAAGAAAGAUUUUAAAUUGGCUUUAAUCGAAAAAUGACAAUCCUGAAACGAAAUUGGGUUAUUUCAACGAUUUUGAUCGUUCUUAUUAAAACCCAAACAAUCCACGGGAAAUGUUUAAACGAAACGGAAAUUCUAUCGAAAAAUUACGUUCACUACGAAGGUUUAGCUAUGAACUUGACCGUUCAAACAACGAGCAGAGCAACGCACAAAAUGAGUUCGUACAUUUUCAAAAUAUUUGCCGAAGAAGUUUUGAAUUUUCGACAGGUCAAUAUCGUCGAAAUCGAGGAUAAUUUUAACGCCUCAAAUGUUAUUGAUGUUUUAACCGGAAAAUAUAGCACGGUUCAUAUAGAAAGUAUUCCCAAAGCUAUGGUGAAUUUAGAAGUUUGGGUACCGCCGCAUAUGGACACGGUAACGCAACUGGCAUCGGAGAAUGUGUUAGAUUGUGGAAUGUUGGGAAAUCCGGGACAGUUUAGUUGGUUUAUUCCGAAGAAUUUAACGGGGCCAAUAGCGAAUUUUGAUCCGAACUGGCCUCGAGACUUCGGAGACGUACCAUGGACUUUGUUUAAAGAUGAAAAUUUUUCUUCGACUUUUCAUAUUUAUGAUAAAAGCGCACUUUUAGGAGCAACUCAACUUAAUAUGACGGCGUGCUACAAUGAAGAAACUUGUGCGUACAUCCCCGAAAAAUGUUUAGGAAAAACGUGUGCCACACUUUUAGCCCCAAUGAAUCAUCACACCGAGUUUUUAAAAGAUCAAAUAAACGACUAUGAUAUUUAUGUUGAAGUGAUUUGGUUGGGAGAACAUUUCAAACAGGCGACGAGGAAAGUUCAAAAUUCAUUAAAAAAUAAUCCGAAUCAGAGCGUUUUGAUAAUGGCCUGGACUCCUAGCGAUAUCAUAUAUCCUGAAAACGAUUUCGCGCGAGUAAUAUUCAAUAAAUGCAAAUACAGUGCUAUAAAUCGUUAUUGCGAAGCGUACGAGCCGAUGCGAUUAGAAAAAUUUGCGUGGACAAAAUUACAAAAACACGCAAAAACCGCAUAUGAGGCUAUCAAAAAUAUACGAUUUGAGACGAAAGCUUACGCUGAGAUGAUGAAAGUUUACAACGACAAUCACGAUAAAGAAAGUUUCGAUCAAAUGGCUUGUAAAUGGUUGAAUUUAAAUCCGGAUAUUUAUAAACUGUGGCAUACAAAAUCCUCGAAACACGUUUUGUACAUCGGUGGAAUUUAUCCUUUAAAAGAUCCGAGUUAUAGAGGAUUUUCGAUUGCUAAUAGUGCAAAAUUAGCUGUGGAACAUAUUAAAAAACUUAAAAUUUUAAAUAAUUAUGAUCUAAAAUUUUUAAACAUGGAUGGUGAAUGUAACGCUGAAAAAGUAAUGCGAUCUUUUAUAAAAUACGUCGAUGGCGAUAACACGGAUAAUAUCGUUGGUGUUGUAGGUCCAGCUUGCUCCGACACUGUCGAACCUUUAGCCGGUGUUUCAAACAACUUCAAAAUGUUAAUUAUUUCUUAUAGUGCUGAAGGUGCAAGUUUUUCAGAUCGCGAAAAAUAUCCGUACUUUUUCAGAACGAUAGGGUCAAAUUCCGAAUUUCGAUUCGUUUAUUUAGAACUAUUGAAAAAAUUAAAUUGGAAACGAGUUGCCGCUCUUACAGAGGAUGGUCAAAAAUAUACCGAAUACAUUUCUUAUACGCAAAACUUAUUAGAAUCGAACGGAAUCACAUUUAUAGCAAACUCAAAAUUUCCGAAACUCCGCAAAGGAUUAGAAAUGCGAAAAUACCUGGAGGACUUAAAGAAAAAACGAGCCCGAAUCAUAAUCGCCGAUGUUUACGAUGAAAUUGCACGAUUAGUAAUGUGCGAGGCCCAUAAAUUAGAAAUGACCAUGAAACACGGUUACGUUUGGUUCUUACCGACGUGGUUAGAUCCGAAAUGGUACGACACCGACUUUUACAAUCAAAACCACACCGAAUCAGUUUCGUGUUCAACAUCGACCAUGAUUAACGCUAUAGAUGGGUAUUUUUCGUUAACACCAUCACCUUGGGGAGCAGACGAUUUAGUUACCGUAACCAAUGAAACUGUGAGAGACUGGAAGGCUGCUUAUACCCAGAAAAUAAUUGAUCCAAGAACGAAUUUGACUUCUGAUUACGCCGGUUAUGCUUACGAUGCAGUUUGGACCUAUGCUUUAGCAUUAGACAAAUUAGUCGCAAUCGAUGCCGAUGCAAUUACAGAAUUACAUUCGAACGCAACAACUCAUAAAUUAGUUAAUUUUAUUGAGAAUAGCGAUUUCAACGGGGUCUCAGGAAGGAUUCAUUUUCGGGGCGGUUCAACUCGAUACUCGAAAAUUCUUUUAAAUCAAUGGAUCCAAAACAAAAACUUCACCACAGUCGGUAUAUUUAAUCCCAACGUCACCAACGAUUCUCCCGAUAUUCUCGGAGGAAAUUUAGAUCUAAAUUUAUCAAAAAUUGUUUGGUUAUUGGGAACUAUUCCAGACGACGGAACAUCACCGCCGGAGAUGUGCUCGUUAGAUUUGCUUUCAAGAGCCUUCAACGUGAACUGCGAAAUGGCCAUUGUUAUUUUAUGUAUAAUAAUUUUUAUCAUUUUUCUUAUCAUAAUCGGAAUAGGAAUGUUUUUCUAUAAAAAGAAAAUGGAUUCGAAAUACCUCCAGACUCAACAAUUAAUGGAAGCGUUAGGUUUGGAUCAAAGAACCGUUUCGGAAUUGGAUAAAUGGGAAACACCUCGCGAACACGUUGUGAUUAACCGAAAAUUGGGUGAAGGCGCUUUCGGAACCGUUUACGGUGGUGAAGUUUACAUACAAAAUACAGGUUGGGUCGCAGUUGCGGUUAAAACUUUAAAACGUGGCUCAACUAUCGAAGAAAAGGUUGAUUUUCUUUCUGAAGCGGAAACUAUGAAAAAAUUCGAUCACAAAAAUAUUAUUCAAUUAAUUGGAGUUUGUAUAAAAGACGAACCAGUUUACACGAUUAUGGAAUUUAUGUUAUACGGCGAUUUAAAAACAUAUUUAUUAGCCAGAAGAAAUUUAGUUAAUCACAAAAAUUGGGAAGAUCACGACGAUAUUUCCAGUAAAAGAUUAACCAGGAUGGCUAUUGAUGUUGCCAGGGGAUUAAGUUAUUUAGCUGACAAAAAAUAUGUUCAUAGAGAUAUUGCGUGCAGAAAUUGUUUGGUCAAUUCGAAUAAAGUUGUAAAAAUCGGCGAUUUCGGAAUGACUCGAGCGAUGUACGAUAACGAUUGUUACAAGUUUAAUCGGAAAGGAAUGUUACCGGUUCGAUGGAUGGCUCCAGAAAGUUUAGCGUUGGGUGUUUUCACCCCGGCGUCGGAUGUUUGGAGUUACGGUGUUCUUUUAUACGAAAUUAUUACGUUUGGAAGUUUUCCGUUUCAAGGACUUAGCAACAAUCAAGUUUUGGAAUAUGUUAAAAAUGGCAACACCUUAAAUGUACCAAAAGGAGUUAAACCACAACUUGAAAUCUUCAUAAAGUCCUGUUGGCAUGAUGAUGCCCAGAAACGUCCAACGGCUUGUCAAACGGUCGAUUUUCUUGCAAAUAACCCUACAUUAAUAUCUCCAUCGCUAGAUGGUCCAACAGCAGCCGUCGCAAUGGAAGGAAGUGACGAAUUUGAAGUUCACAUCCCAACCGAACUUCGUCAUCGACCACUUUCCACAAUAACAACCACAUUUAUAAACAAUACAUUCACAAAGCCACCGGUAAAUCAUAUAGAACCGUUAGAGACACCUUUAAUUGAUUUUAGCGAACGUCCUCAACGGGGCUCGGCGCAAGAUAGUGGUGUUUCGGUUCAUUUCGAUAAUUAUUGUCCACGCGAACCGCUUUUGGGGAAUUUGGAAAGAAGUACUUCAAUGAACGAUUUGAUGAAUUACGUUACAGUUAAUCAUAAUCAUAGUUCGCCGAAUUUGUAUAAUAACCCAAAAGAAAUUGACAAAGAAAUUCUAAAACAUCAACAACAAGUUGGUCAAAUGGGUAACGGGUUGUUGUGUUCGAAUUGAUCUUUUUAGAACAAUUUCUUAAGAUUGUGAUCGAUUUUAAAGACUGAAGAAUCAAUUAAUUAAUAAAUUCUAAAGUUUCAAUACACUCAUUUUAAAAAAAGAAAUGAAAUAGUAAAAAUAAAAACACAUCACACAAAAGGCUUUAAGGACUUUUUGGAACACAUUUUUGUACGUUUUAUAAGAAACGAAAGAUAAAUCAAAAAAAAAGUCGUAGUAUCUAGUCAUUUUUAUUUUUUUAUUUCUACACGGCUUUAGUUUUUAUUAACGAAUCAUAAUUUCAAUCCUUAAUAUGAAACGUAAUUUCAAACCUAAUUUUAAACCAUAAUUCGGGGUGUGGAAUAGAUUACUUCUGGUUAAGAAAUGAUUUGUUUUAAAUGAGAACUCAAACUGUUAUAAAAUGUUCGGAAAUUGGGUCAACUAUUUUGUCGCACCUUGUAUAUUAAUUUAUCAACAGCUAAUUUUAGUGUUUUUAAGUUCCUCCGUCUUAAGUAAGUGCAUUUUAAUUAUAUUUUAAGCAUUGUAAUAUCGUGUAUAUCCAUAUUUUAAAUAUUUAGUAUUACUUCCAUGACGUCUAAAACAUAUUUAUUUCAUCCAAUUACCGAUCCACAUUGUAAUAAUCUUUGCAUUUAAUAAGUACGUAAUUAUUUUUUUAAAGCAUAUUAUUGAAAGAAAUUUAAGUCGGAAAGAAGACGUUAGAAUUAAUUUGUAUUGGGGCUAUUAGUCUUAAAUUACGCCUGUGAUAUUUCAUCACAGAAGUCUUGUACCUGAUUACAUUUAAAAAAAUAUUUAUAUAUUAUAUAUGUCACAUGUAUCUAUUCUAUAUAUUAUAUAAAUACA